AUGAACACAGCAACUUUGCCAGUUUCUCUCUUACAAGAUUCAAAUACUUCACUCGUAAUUAAUCAAUCAUGGUUUAUUCCUCUCGAUAUUCUAUUACUUACAUGUCUUUUUCUAGCCAUUCUCAUGUCUUUAUUAUUUUUCUUUAUUGUUUUAGCCGAUAAAACAUGUCACACAGUUCCUCUUAUACUUGUUACUCAUUCGUGUUUUGCUAGUUUUUUAUUAACGAUUAUUUUAUUCUGGGCGACAAUUAUUACUUUUCAUAAUGAUCUUCAACAAAUUUAUUAUCAAGAUUUAUUUUGUAUUUUUCGAGGUUAUAUGACUUAUGUAACUUUUUUUGGAUUAUAUUAUUCUUAUUUUUUACAAUCAAUUUAUAGUUAUAUAACAGUUAUUUAUCCGACUCGUUUAUUUUGGCGAUCAAUGAAAAUUCAAUUUUUUCUCAUUAUUUUAAUAUGGAUAUUUGCUUUUAUUUUUGCAUGUCCCGUUAUAGUUGCUAAUGAAAUAAAAUAUCUUAUUGAUGAUCAAGUAUGUCAAAUGCCAUUUCAUCUUUCUAUCGUAACAAUUUAUAAUAUAGUUUAUAUUUAUAUAAUACCAAUAAGUGGUAUUAUGUUUAUUUAUUUGAAAUUAAUUCGAUAUGUUAGAGAAAUGAAUAAACGUGUUACAUUAGUAAAUACAUUAUUACGUGCACAAAGAGAAUUAAAAAUGGUUUAUCGAAUAGUUAUACUUAUAUCAAUUUUAUUAAUACUUAGUGUACCUUAUACAAUAUUUGUUUUCAUGGGAUUUUUUACUUUAACACCAAAAUAUAGUUUUCGUAUUGCUCUGACAUUUGCCGAGGCAUCAUUAGUAUUUGUCAUGAUUGCUUUAUUUAAAUUUACUGAACCAGUUCGAACAUCAUUUAUGAAAAGCCUCACAGUCAAAUUUAACAUUCACAUAUGUGAGAACAUUGCUCAAUAUAGUGAAUGUUCAACAAAUAGUGCUUGUGGUUGUUUCCAUAGGAUAGGUAUCAAUGAUGAUACAGGUGUUUGUGGUUUUCUUUGGCCAACAUGUUCUCGUCUUUUACGGUGCAAUUCUUCAGACAAUUCAUAUCCUCAAUCAAAUACGAUCUGUGUUCCACAUCCUCGAUGGCAUAAUCUUCCUCAAUGUUAUCCAGUGGCAAUGAUAAGUGAGUAGAUCGAUGAAUGAUAGAUGUGUGUAACGAUAAAUUUGAUCUAUUUUAGAUAAGACCAAUUCUAAAUGGAAGCAAAAUGAGAUAACUGCUGCUGAAAGAAAUGAGUUUAGAAAUCAAGUAAAUCAACUGUUGAGGGUGUGGAUG